UUUUUAACAUUUCUCCCUUUUUCUCUUUAUUUUCCCUCCUCUCUAAUUUUCUCUCAUUUUCUCGGAAACCUCCGAUCGGCUUCUCUCACUCGGCGCGAUUCCGGGUUCAUCUUUACUUCCAUUCCACCCUCUCUAUUUAAUCUCUUCUUAUUUUUCUGUAGGUUUCAAUUUUGAUUCAAGUUUUCUUUUUGGGGGUUUGUAGAAUCAUGAGCGAUCACCUGGUUCUGUUUGUGGACCGCCUAGUGAGGCCUGUGCCGGUGCGUCCGGUGGAAUCGGAGGCCGGUCCCUCCUCGGAAAAUGUGGGUCCCUCCUGCUCGCUCCAGGAUAGGGAGAGGGAGCUCGAUGGAGGAGAGGAGGAGCCGCUGAUGCAAGCGGCUGAGUGCAGGAUUUGUCAGGAAGAAGAUUCCAUUAACAACUUGGAGACCCCUUGUGGCUGUAGUGGCAGCCUGAAGUACGCUCAUAGAAAGUGCGUUCAGCAUUGGUGCAAUGAGAAAGGAGACACAAUUUGUGAGAUUUGUCAUCAGCCUUACCAGCAAGGCUACACUGCUCCACCUCGCCCUCAGAUUGAGGAAACUGCCAUUGAUAUUGGUGGAGGCUGGACAAUCUCUGGCACCCCUCUGGAUUUGCGUGAUCCUCGCCUCUUGGCUAUUGCGGAAGCAGAGCAUCAAUUUUUGGAAGCUGAAUAUGAUGAGUAUGCUGCUUCAAGUGCCAGUGGAGCUGCAUUUUGCCGGUCUGUUGCUCUAAUUUUAAUGGCUCUUCUGCUCUUGCGGCAUGCAUUUACUGUUCCAGAAGCUGAUGGAGAUGAUGACGUGUCUACUUUUUUCUCUGUAAGUGCAGUCUAAACUUUGCUUCUGUUCUGUCAAAUCAACUAGGCUGUUCUAAGAACUUGCCAAAAAAUAAAAUAUGCAAUUCUAAAGUGUUUAUCAAUACAGUCACUAAAUGUUAUAACCAAGCUUUCUAACUGUCUAAACUUCCUGCAGCUUUUCUUGCUUCGGGCUGCUGCAUUUCUCUUGCCAUGCUACAUCAUGGCUUGGGCCAUCAGUGUAUUGCAACGUCGAAGGCAACAGGUUAUUGUCAAGUUAAUUUCUUUUAUUUGUAGUUCCAUAUUUGUUUCAUUCAGACUCUUCCUUGUUCUUUAAUCGUAUGUCAGAAACAUAUUUUGAAUUCUAGUUUUAUUGAAGUUUGUACCAUUAACGUUUUCAGGAAGCAGCAGCAUUGGCAGCAACACAGGUUGCUUUUGUCCUACAAUCUGGCCAACAUAGGGGUUUGCAGUUUACAAUAGCAUCGGGACCUGCAGUUAGUCCACACCAGGAAACUGUUUGAUUGCAUCCGUGUAAGCACAAAGUUCUGUUGCAACAUUCUACAACAAUGGGCUGAGGAACACAGAGAACCCACCUAUUAAUAAACUUAUGAUGACCUUUGUAUUCUUUAAGUGAUGAUUGAGAAAGAUUAGGGCUGUAUUACACUAUGUUCGAGUUGAUUGCUGAAGAGCUCUCUGUUAUCGUGUGGCUAUCGUUGUGCAUGUGUAUAUACUUGUUUCACAUUGGUUAGGAUGAGUGAGUGGCGGCCGGUGUGGAAAAACUCGUGGUUAUCUAAUAUAACAAAGAAUGUUUAAAAUCUUUCUAACUGCUG